UGGCGGGGGCGAUGGUGGUGCACGGGUCCGGCGGGGGCGGGGACCGGGACCGGGACAGGUCGUCGCCCGGCGGCAGCGGGGCGCCGCAGGUGGACACGGGCAAGUACGUGCGCUACACCCCGGAGCAGGUGGACGCGCUGGAGCGCGUCUACAGCGAGUGCCCCAAGCCCAGCUCGCUGCGCCGGCAGCAGCUCAUACGCGAGUGCCCCAUCCUCAGCAACAUCGAGCCCAAGCAGAUCAAGGUCUGGUUCCAGAACCGCAGGUGCCGCGAGAAGCAACGGAAGGAGGCCUCUCGCCUGCAGACUGUGAACCGGAAGCUGUCUGCGAUGAACAAGCUGCUGAUGGAGGAGAACGACAGGCUGCAGAAGCAGGUGUCCCGUCUCGUCUACGAGAACGGCUACAUGCGGACGCACCUCAAUAAUCCUUCUGUAGCGACUACAGACACAAGCUGUGAGUCUGUUGUUACUAGUGGUCAGCACCAGCAGCAGCAGCAGAACGCAGUAGUUCCGCGUCCGCAAAGGGACGCGAACAACCCAGCAGGUCUACUCGCUAUCGCUGAGGAGACAUUGGCAGAGUUCCUGUCCAAGGCGACGGGGACUGCUGUCGAUUGGGUGCAAAUGGUUGGGAUGAAGCCUGGUCCGGAUUCCAUUGGAAUCAUUGCUGUUUCGCACAAUUGUAGUGGCGUAGCAGCCCGAGCUUGCGGUCUUGUGAGCCUUGAGCCCACAAAGGUUGCUGAGAUCCUCAAGGAUCGCCCCUCUUGGUAUCGUGACUGUCGGUGUGUGGAUGUGCUCCAGAUUAUCCCUACGGGUAAUGGUGGAACUAUUGAGCUUAUCUACAUGCAGACUUAUGCACCGACAACUUUGGCGGCACCGCGUGACUUUUGGAUUCUCCGCUACACUAGCGGUCUUGAAGAUGGCAGUCUUGUGAUCUGUGAGAGAUCCUUGACUCAAGCCACUGGCGGUCCAUCAGGACCUAACACUCCAAAUUUUGUCCGAGCCGAGGUGCUACCUAGUGGCUAUUUAAUCCGCCCUUGCGAAGGGGGUGGCUCCAUGAUCCACAUUGUAGAUCAUGUUGAUUUGGAUGCUUGGAGUGUGCCUGAGGUCCUUAGACCACUUUAUGAGUCUCCAAAGAUUCUUGCGCAGAAGAUGACAAUUGCGGCUCUGCGUCACAUUAGGCAGAUUGCGCAUGAAUCAAGUGGAGAGAUGCCCUAUGGUGGGGGGCGCCAGCCAGCAGUUCUAAGAACAUUUAGUCAGAGAUUGAGCAGAGGUUUCAACGAUGCUGUUAAUGGAUUUCUGGAUGAUGGCUGGUCACUGAUGAGCAGUGAUGGUGCUGAGGAUGUUACAAUUGCUAUCAACUCAUCUCCAAACAAACUUGCUGGAUCUCAUGUCAACCCCUCCCAGAUGUUUACUGCAAUCGGGGGUGGCGUCUUAUGUGCCAAGGCUUCAAUGUUGCUGCAGAAUGUACCGCCCGCUCUACUUGUACGAUUUCUGAGGGAGCACCGCUCUGAAUGGGCUGAUCCUGGUGUUGAUGCUUAUUCUGCCGCUGCUUUGCGAGCUAGUCCUUAUGCAGUUCCUGGUCUACGAGCGAGUGGGUUUAUGGGCAGUCAGGUUAUACUGCCACUUGCACAUACCUUAGAGCAUGAAGAGUUCUUGGAGGUUAUUAGACUUGAGGGACACAGUCUCUGUCAUGAUGAAGUUGUUCUAUCAAGAGACAUGUAUCUUCUGCAGUUAUGCAGCGGUGUUGAUGAGAAUGCUGCCGGUGCAUGUGCGCAGCUUGUCUUUGCGCCGAUUGAUGAAUCGUUCGCUGAUGAUGCUCCACUGCUACCGUCGGGCUUCCGUGUGAUACCACUUGAUGCCAAGACGGAUGCACCGUCGGCAACACGCACACUAGACCUUGCAUCCACUCUCGAGGUUGGACCUGGUGGGACUCGUGCACCCAGCGACACAUCCAGCACCAGCAACACAAGAUCAGUGCUUACCAUUGCUUUCCAGUUCUCGUAUGAGAACCACCUUCGAGAGAGUGUUGCAGCAAUGGCGAGGCAGUAUGUGAGGACCGUGGUGGCAUCGGUGCAGAGGGUGGCCAUGGCAAUUGCCCCUUCCCGUCCUGGUGGACAGCUUGAAAUGAAGAACCCUCCAGGAUCCCCUGAGGCUCACACGCUUGCGAGGUGGAUCGGCAGGAGCUACAGGUUUCACACCGGGGCGGAACUGCUUUGCACGGAGUCGCAGAGCGCGGACGCUUCCCUGAAGGCGCUGUGGCAGCACUCGGAUUCCAUCAUGUGCUGUUCCCUGAAGGCUGCUCCUGUGUUCACCUUCGCCAACCAGGCCGGGCUGGACAUGCUGGAGACGACGCUGAUCGCGCUCCAGGACAUCUCGCUCGAGAAGAUCCUUGACGACGACGGCCGCAAGGCGCUCUGCUCCGAGUUCCCCAAGAUCAUGCAGCAGGGUUUCGCGUACCUCCCGGGCGGCGUGUGCGUGUCGAGCAUGGGGCGGCCGGUGUCGUACGAGCAGGCGGUGGCGUGGAAGG